CAGUCCACGUGCUGCCCCCAGGAACUGACUUCAGGACCUGCAGUCAGCAGACCCUCCGGUCUCCCGAUGGCUGCCUACACCGAGAUGUGCGUGUGCGGCUUUGAGGAGUUCAAUCAGGCUGUGAAACAGCAUGAGGGCAAGCCCAUUUUCGUCUUCUUCGUGGGUUCCCUGGAUGCGGAAGGGAAGAGCUGGUGUCCCCUCUGCGUGAAGGCCGAACCGGUCAUUCGAGAGGGCCUGAAGCACACUGGGAAGGAAUGUGUGUUCAUCUACUGCCAAAUAGGAGACAAGCCUUCCUGGAGGGAUCCGAAUAACGACUUCAGGAGAAAGCUGAGCGUCAUGUCGCUGCCGACACUACAGAAAUACGGAACACCUAGGAAGCUCGUCGACUCGGAGUGUCAGCAGGCCAACCUGGUGCAGAUGUUCUUCGGGGAAGACUAAUAUUCUUCAUUUCCUGACUUGCCCCGUUUGCUUCUUCUCAUGUCAGCGAAACAUCAAUAAAAAAUAUUUAAGACUCGGUGUGGGUCUAAA